AAAGAAGAUACUUUAAGUAUAUUAUUUAUACUACUAACAAUUAUAUACUACUCAUUUAUUUCAUAAUUAUGUUCAUCUAUUUAAAGUUAUUAUUAUUCCAUUUCAUAUUUCUAUUAUGUAAACCUAAUAUUAAAUGUUAUUAUACAAACUUCAAAACAAUUGAUUGGUCAAAUCCAUUAACUUUAUCAGAAGCUAUAUUAGCUGAACAAGCAGCUAUUGAAGAAGUUCCUUCAAAUUCACCAUUAUCAUCAUUAUCAUCAUCAUCCAUAUUAUCAAGAAGAAAAUUUAUUCAACCAAAUAUUGAUUAUUAUCCAACAUGGUCUGAAUCAUAUUUAUAUUUAAAACCACAAAGAAAUAUUGAUGAAGAAUUAAGACAAUUAAAAGCGGAACCUCCAAGAGGAUUACCUAAUGUUAUGAGAUAUGGUUAAUUAAAAUAAACAGAAGUUUAUGUAAACAAUGAAAUUUUUUUUAAAAAAAAAAGGAAAAAAAACACAACCAUGAUAGUAAUAAUGAUAUAAUUAUUAGUAGUAUAAAUACUGAUAACAAAAAAAGCAACAUGUUUCUGUUCUGUAAACAUUUCAAUGAUAUUACUAUCCAUUAUUAUUACAAGGUAAAGAAGAUAGAUGAAAUUUAAUAUUUACAAAGAUUAUUUACCAAAUAUCUGUAUUAUGAUAUAUAUAUAUAUAUAUAUAUAU